UAACCGGCCUCACAUCACCGGACUAUACUAUACGUCCGCCCUUGAUUUUAACCUAAAUCUCUCCUCAGUCAUCAUCCACCUCUUCUCAGCGUCCUUCCAGGUCAUUGCAAGUUGAUCCAACUGCCAUGCUUGGGAGAGCAAAAAGUUAUCAUCCCUUUUCCAGGUAUAGCUUACACUGAGCUACCCCUGUCACGCUUCGUCAACAAACCUAGGUAUCACCAUCAAGGGUAUCUCACAUCAUGGCACUGCUGUCAUACGCCUCUGGCGUGUUCACCAUCGCGACAUGGCCCGCAAGAAUCGCUUGGAAGCCUGUCGCAUUCUUCAUCAACGUGAUCCUCAUCCUACUAUCGCCUCUGUUACUGAUGGCAACGUUUGUCCUGGGAUGGUGCCAAUCUGUCAUCGACUUCAUAGCCAGUCUCCAGCCUCUUUACACCUUUUUGGCCUGCGGAGCGUGCAUCGGCAUCUUGGCUGGCCUGACCAUGGCUUGCACAUCAGGCGUCAUCACCUCAGUCCUCGGCAUGCAUGAUGAGAGGUCAAAUUCUCUCUCUGCAACGCCAAUGCCGGGGACACCAUUGUCAGAGCGGCCUGGGACAGGCAAAACAGAAGACUCGUCAUCCUACGAGACUGAUUGGCAGUUGCUGAACAAGCCUCCUCCAAAGAGACGGAGGCGAACUCCUGGACUCUGGUCGCAAACAAUUCACGAGGAGGACGACGAUGAUUCAGAGAUUUGAUUUUGUAAUUCGGCCUUUCUUUACAUAUACCAUAUGCUGCAGGGAAGGGAAGCAUUCAUUACCGGGGAAUCACUUAUAUACCAGCCUUGCUUG